AUGAUGCUGCUUCAUCUGCUCAUUUUUAGCAUCAUCGCUACAGUCACAUCAAAAAAGAGCUACGAUGGACACAUUGUCAUCUCUGUAACGCCAUUUGAAGAGUCACAUUAUAAACUUUUAUCAGCGUUAGAAGAACGAAAAGAGAUUGAUAUUUGGAAUGAAAUUCGACGUAAUGCAUCCGUAGAUGUUAUGAUUCAUCAAAAAAAUAAAGCAUCAUGGAUGAAAGUAUUUGCUUCUCUUGGCAUGAAGCCAUCGAUGGUUAUUGAUGAUGUUCAAAAAUUGUUGAACAGUGAGCAGCAAAUGUUAAAUAUUCAAUCACGAUCAGGUAUCCGAGGAGUUACUGAUACUUUUCUGACUUAUGAUGAGAUCAAUGCUUAUUUGAAACAAAUGGAAAGUGAAUAUCCCGGUUUGGCGGCCGUUCAAUCAAUUGGACUAACAGUCGAAAAUCGUAACCUAAACUUGAUCAAGAUAGGAUCGCCAUCAGCUCGUCGAAAUGCUUUUCUUGAUUGUGGUAUCCAUGCUAGAGAAUGGAUUUCACCAGCUACAUGUUUAUAUAUGAUCAAUGAAUUUUUGACGGGAUAUUCUAAAGGUGGAGACGCCAAACAAAUUCUAGAUACUUACACAUUACAUAUUCUACCCCUAUUGAAUCCUGAUGGAUAUGCCUAUUCGCAUUCUAGAGAUCGUAUGUGGAGAAAAAACAGAAAACCUGUCGGUAGCAACUGCUUUGGAGUAGAUUUAAAUCGUAAUUUUGGUUAUAUGUGGAAUACAGGAGGUUCAUCAGCUUCCCCGUGUUCAGACACAUUUCAUGGUGGUGCUGCAAUGAGUGAAAACGAAGCCAAAGCAAUGCAAUCAUACAUGACCAACAAACCAUGGGACACUUAUUUAACAUUUCAUAGCUAUGGACAAUGGUGGUUCACCAACUGGGGUUACACAAACACCCUUCCUCCUGGAUAUACUGAGUUAGUUGCUAAAGCUAAAAUUGGUGCCGAUGCACUCAGAAGUGUUAAUGGUCGAAGUUAUACCAUUGGUUCAUCCGCAGUAUUAUUAUAUGUUGCUUCUGGCGGAUCUGAAGAUUGGACAAGAGGUGCAUUAAAUAUUAAAUAUUCCUAUUGUCUUGAAUUACCUCCAACAGGUGGUACUGGAUUUAUUGCACCAAUUAGUGAAAUAAAGAAAACUGGUGCCGAAACAUUCAAGGGCGUGUGCGAAUAUCUCAAAGCAAUAUAA